CCUGACUCAAAAGAGAGAGGGAGGGAGGGAGGGAGGGAUUGACCAGAGUGACCUAGACCUGAGCUGUCAAAUGACAGGUGCCAAUCUGUAGGUCAGCUUCUUAAGCCCACAGAUCUUUCCGCUCGCAAUUCAUUUGAGGAAGGACACACAGGCUGCUUGUAUCUAUUUAGCUGAACUGCUCACUUUCCAUUGUUUCCUGAGCGGCGACAUUAUGGGGCUCAGUGAUCAGGAAUGGCAGAAGGUCGUAGACAUCUGGGGGAAAGUGGAACCAGACCUCCCUGCUCAUGGGCAAGAAGUUAUCAUCAGGUAAGCAGAAGCCGGUGACCGAAAUCUGAGAAGCAGCUCUCUUGCGGAGUUAGCAUAGUGGCAUUUUUAAGAAUCAGCUUAGGAACGUUGCAAAGUUUCUGAUAUUAUGUGGGUGGAACAGAGAGAAAGACAACUCUGCAGAUAAAUCUGAAAGCUUUAAUUCCUAUCAGCCUCGUUUUUUUUUAUCAGCUUUUAAAAUAGAUCUCUACUGCUAUAAGAUAUAGGUUGCUUUUGUAAUUGACAUUACUGACUGAAUCAUUAACACAUAAUAAAAGAGGAUUAGAACCAUAGUUGCAUUAUUACUUCCUGAAUGUCAAACCAACUGAGGUUCUUGGAAAAGGGCACAGAAAAUUGUCCAGAUAUAUGGGAUGCCUCCAGACAGUUACUAUUUUGCAGGAGGGAUUCCAGUGCAUAUUGCACAUUUACGUAUGUUUGCACAGUUAAUGGACUGUGUGGCCCUAGCACAAACAUAUCCACUUUAAAAAUGAAAGAAAACACAAUUUUUUUGUGGUUAGGAAAUGCACUGAAAAAUGUGGGAUGAAUGAAUAGCAGAAAAAAUUGAAAACACGCCACAGACACGUUAGGAUAGAAAAAUCAGAAUGAAUGUUCAAUAAAAACUGGGGAUAGCCUAACCACUGUGCUAGCUUUGUGCAAGCAAAACAGGAGGAAACCAUGGAUCCAACAAAGUAGCUGUAAGUAAUUUUCUGAGGAUGAAGUUCCACUGUUAUUAGCAAAGAUGCUUUGGAUGGUUGGAAUACCUGUAAUGAAAUGGAGCUAAGCAGGGCGAGUGACAAAAAUCUGGGGUUAAAGGAAAGAUCCUGGUUCCAUUGGCACUGGAGGCAAUAUUGACAUAAAAGCUUAAAAAGAGCCCUGUUGGAUUAAGUGAAAAGUCCAUCUAGAUGACAUUCUUGUUCCUCAUCAUGGCCAGCCAGAUACAAGGUGACCUCAAAGUGGUUUACAUGUGUUAUUCAAAGACUAUAGCAUCUGCUUUGCGUGCAGAAGGUCCCAGGUUCAAUCCCUGGCAUCUCCAGGUAGCUGAGAGAACCUCAUGUCUGAAACCUUGGAGAGCUGCUGCCAGUCAGUGUAGACGAUAUUGAAUUAGAUGGGCCAAGGACCUGAUGUGAUAUGAUGCAGCUUCCAAUGUUCCUGUGUGCCUAAUCUGAACACCAGAAGUACAAAUCCUAAAAUGCCAUUUAAAACCACAACAACAAAACAAUUAUAAUCAGCAGAGGAAUAAGACAUUCUUACUGGGCUACGAGUGAUCGCCAAAGAAGAAGAAGACCAAAACAGACAAGGCAAACAUGGCCUCUGAAAGCCUGGGCGAACAAGAGCAUAUUUGCUAUAGGGCAAAAUCCCAAUUGUGUCAAAGUUUCUAGACAGAGGGUUCCCUAGCUGUGGUGCAACUAGGAAAAAGGCCUUCUCUGGGUCCCUGUGUGAUGGCCUACACCUACAGUCAUCGGUGGGAUUGUAUGCAUCCCCUGCCCAUUUGUUCUCAGGGUUUGGCUUGUUGAUAUGGGGAGAAGCACUGCAAGAAAUAUGUAAGUUCCAGGUUGUUAAGGACCUUGAAUUGGACCUGCCUGGUAACAUAUAGGUAGAUCCUGCAAAACUGGUGUUGCAUGCCAUCGUGCAGAAGUGCCCACUAAUAUGGCUGUGUGAUUGCAUUCCUCACUAGCUUCAAUUUUUAGGCUGUCUUCAAGGGCAUAUGAAUAGUUGUUUAAACAGGGAGAUGAUUUCAGGGGUUUUUUUAAGGGCUUUGGAGCAGAAACUGGGCAUUUCUCUUCCAACAAAGCUUGGAAUGUGGCCUCAUUAAAUUGCAGAAGAUUCCCAACAAUGUUAUUCGAAUGACAUUCUGAAGAUUGAAACUCCCAUUUUCCUAUGAAGGGGUUACUUUCACACUGUCAUAAUUUCCCAGUUACUCUGAUAUCAGGGAACAUAAAUGACACAGGUAGCUAUGGGUUCUCUUACAGGUGGCAUCUUUGAUGGAUAGCCAGUUUGGAUAGCCAGUUUAAUCACCGCCACCCAUUUACCAGUACUCUACAUUUACUGGGCUAUUCAAUUCAAUUCAAUGGUUUCAGGAUGUUUCAGAAGCACCCGGAGACCCAGGAGCGCUUUGACAAGUUCAAAAACCUGAAGACGGUGGAUGACAUGAAGAGUUCAGAAGAGCUCAAGAAGCAUGGAACGACUGUCCUCACAGCCUUGGGCAAAAUCCUAAAGCAGAAAGGGAACCACGAGGCAGAACUUGCACCCCUGGCACAGACCCACGCCAACACACACAAAAUCCCGGUCAAGUAUCUUGAGGUAGGCAGCCGUGUAUGUCUGUAUGGGGGGUAGUGGAAUAAUUCUCUUGAUUGACCAGGAUAAAAGCAGGAGAGAGAUGGGAGGUUGUUUUCUGCUCUCUCUCUCUAUACAAACAUUGCGUUAUAGGAAGUUGAUUUCUACUGAGUGAGAAUGUUGGUGCAUGUGCUCUCCAGAGUUUCAGACAGGGAACUUUCCCACUCCUUUUGUACUUGGUUUUGGUUGGUAGAUCAUGAGGUUCUCGUAAAAAGCCAAAGUAGAUCCGAAAAGCCCACCCAAAUGUAGAAAAUAACCUUCCCUGCUUUGAUAUUUCAGACGUACUUUCUUUGAAAGCUGCCAGCUUUACAUUUCUCUUUCCCUCCCAUUCUUUCUGCACAGUUCAUUUGCGAAAUAAUUGUUGGCGUCAUUGCUGAAAAACAUUCUGCAGACUUUGGGGCUGAUUCGCAAGCGGCAAUGAGGAAGGCCUUGGAGCUGUUCCGCAACGACAUGGCCAGCAAAUACAAGGAGCAUGGCUUCCAGGGCUAAUAGUGAGCAUGGGAGGCAAUGUUCCCUUUCAGCAAGGAUGGGGAGCCUGUGUGUGACCCUCCAGAUGUGGCUGGACCACAACUCCCAUCACUGGCGAGGGCCAAAGGGAGCUGGAGUUGAACAACAUCUGGAGGGCCACAGGUUCCUCAUCCCUGUCACGAAGAGAAAUAAAGCAGCAUGUUUUGGGUGUGUGAUCAAUCUAGCAGAAGAAUAUUCUCCUUUUAUGGCAGAAAAUUAGUUUGGCACCAGCUUGAAAAAAAUAUACUCACUAUAUAAGGCUCAAGUUACACACCAUGACAGAAGACCCACAUCUUUAAAAGAAACUCUCUCGUUCAUAAUAUUAUUAUUGCUAUUAUUAUUAUUAUUAUUGCCUGCCCUUCACCAGCAGGUCUCAGGGUGGGUUACAGCAGUUUCAAAUUAAAAAUUAAAAACAGUUAAAACAGGUUAUAAGUGCAGGAAUAGUAUAGGCCCAGAAAACACAUGCAUUCAGGGGUGCCGACUUGAAUAAAAUAUUGUUUGGGGUAGGUAAGCACCUCCCUGUAUCAAUCAUGAUCACAAGUUGUAGCACACACAUAAUUUGAAUGACAAUGACCAUCAACUUUUUUUGGGGGGGAGCAAUUCCUUCAAAUAUUUUAUUGGGGGGGGGGGAAGGGACCUUGGCACUUAGGAGUUGGCUCCUAUGCACACAUCUCAGAUGUGAAAAGCCGGGGUAAAGAGGUGUACCUUCAGCAUUCACCAAAAGCUCUAUAGAGAAGAAGUCAUGUAAAGUUGAAGGUUGGAAGUGAAGUUUAUAAGACCAAAUGGGUGUGUAGGCAUGAAAUGCUGAAUCAUCUCAUGCCAAACACUCUUACUGCCCAGUGGUCUGUCCACCAGAGUCCUUUCCUCCUCCAGCUAGGCCCUGAUGCCAAACUCUAACAAUCCUUUUUUGCAAAAGGUAUGAUCAGAUAGAUAGUGGGUGGGAAGUUCAGCACCCCCUGACUAUUGGUUCUUUAAAUCAUACCGUUGCAUAAUAUAUCAAUGGUGUCAGAAGGUCUGUCACUGUAAUGUGUAGCUUGGGCUGUCAACUGAGGCUUCUUUUUUUUAAUCUUCAGCACGAAUCAUUGUAAUUUUGGGUUUAGUAGAAUAAAGAUUAUAUACAACAGAGAUAAGCGAUGGUUGCCUUUGUUAAAAAUCCGCUGAGAUAUUAUCCUCCGUCUGAUGUCAUAAUAGAGAAAGGUUGCCUUGUGGUUAGUAAUAGCUGUGAAAAAAUGUUGGGCGAGGCUGUUCAGAAGGCGGGUAGAAGAUAGGGUUGCCAGUUCCUGCUUAGAUUCAGUACUACUUGCUGUUUUAAUAACUUGAGAUAGAAAGACUAGCAGAAUUUGCUCCUGGUAGAAUUCAUCCCUGGUCCACCCUCCCACUCACCUUCCUUGCCUGCUGUACCAAACAGGAUCCCAGUUCCAUCUGGCAACAGAUGGGAGAGGGAAGGGAGUUGCGAAACAAUGGAUGACAUCACUAGGUCAAAAUCUGACAGCCCCUGUAGAGAGGAAUUCCUGUUAGAAUUGAUUAACUGAUUAUUCUUAGACUGAGCAGGGGCUGGGGCCAACCUAUUGUAAACUUGUUCUAAGAAAGUUGCAAAAUGGCUGGGGGGAAAAUAUGUGGGUGGGGUGGAUCAGCAUCUUGGUGCCCGUCUGCAUGUGCCUUCAGAGAGAACUCACAUUUUCAAGCAGCAAUUCUUUUUCUGCAACCAUUUGGUGCAGAAAACUGUGGAUAUAUUCAGAUAAUAAUCCACAGAUUUGCCCGUUUCUGGUAAACCAGUAAUGGGGUGUGUGAUGUUCCUUGCAAGACUUACCUUGCAUGGUCUUGAUCCUGCAGGUCCUGCCCACAUCCUUGCCAUUCACAUGUGUCCUAAUGAUGUCAUCAUAUCAUAUGAUGUCACAGUGCUCAGGGAAGGUUGCCAUAUUAGGGAUGCUGGAGCACCAAUUCUCUGGCAUGCCUACGCUAUUGAAUCCCCAAGAAUGGCCAUCAGGUAACUUGGGACUAUAUGAGGCAAAGGUAAGUGUUCAUAUCUGCCUUAGGUGGAUGAGAGCUUUAGAAAGCAAGCAACACUGAGGAAUAAUAGUUAAAGCUGUCACUUAAGACAUUUUAGCUGAUUAUCCAUAUGUAUUUCAGUCAGUUGGUUAACAGAUGAGUAAACUGUGUACCUGGAUAUGGAGGCUAUAAACAUACUUUAUUUUUAGAUAACACAUGUAUGUACUGUAACAGUCCCCAUCUUAGAAGAAGCAUUUUCUCCUGCUUGUGAGACAACACACUAUGGCACCAGUUGGUUGUGUUAUUUUGUAGUUUGUAAUACUGUAUUAAAAAUAACUUAAGCAUUUUAUUUGUAAAAAAUCUGGCCAAAGAAUUGCAGGCACCCUUUAGCUGAUCAAAAGGGUUUUAACUGAUUGACCAAAUUAUCAAAAAAUAAAAUACAAAUGCAGCCCUGGGGGAGAGACUUUUCAGUGGAAUCAGUACAUUGGUUCUGAAAAGGCAGAGAAGCUCCAUUAAUGCAAUCUCAUGCAUGUCUACUCAGACUGAGUUCCAUUUAAUUAAGCUGCAACCCUAUACCUACUUACCUAGGAAUAAGUCCCAUUGAAAUCAACUGGGCUAAUUUUUGAGUAGACAUGUAGAAGAACACGGAGUCAAUUUUCAAGGUCUUCCAUGCUGACCCUGCUAAUGAAAUGUAAAAGUAUCUCUUGUAUGUAAAAGUAUCUCUUCCCCUAAUCCCUGCGAGUUGCUACACAUUUGAGUAUGUGAUACACUGAAUGGCAAGUGGUGUGUUUUUUAAUUGAAUAAACCCUAUUUCCUCAAU